AUUUUUGAAGAAAUUGUUGACAAUCGAGGAAAAAAAACUGAAAACAGACAGAUGACGCUUUUAGCUUCAAAAUUUUUAUCUGCUUUAUUCCUUCUUCUUAUUAAUAUCUUAUGGAUUCCACUGAAUGCAAGGAGAACAACUCAACAAAAUAUUAUUUUAUUUAUCACUGAUGAUCAAGAUAUAGAACUCGGUUCCAUGCAGUUCAUGCCUAAAACGAUGCACCUUAUGAAUGAUCGUGGUGUGUCAUUCGAUUCUGGUUUUGUAUCAACGCCAAUAUGUUGUCCUAGUCGAACGUCAAUUUUGACUGGAAUGUAUGUGCACAAUCAUAAUGUUCUCACUAAUAAUCAAAAUUGUUCUAGCACAGCUUGGAGGCAUAAUCUUGAAAAGAAAACUUUUGCUGUGUAUGCAAAAAAAGCCGGUUAUCGGACAGCAUAUUUCGGCAAAUACUUAAAUGAAUAUGAUGGCUCAUAUAUACCACCUGGAUGGGAUCACUGGAUGGGACUUAUUAAGAACAGUCGUUUUUACAAUUACACAAUUAAUUUUAAUGGCGAGAAAAUUAAACAUGGUUUCGAUUAUGAGAAGGAUUAUUUCACAGACUUAAUCACGAAUGAUACAAUACAGUUCAUACAUGAUCAUUACGAGAGACGAUAUCCGAAACCCUUUCUAGUUAUUCUCUCGUUUCCAGCACCACAUGGACCUGAAGAUCCUGCACCACAAUAUUCAGAUUGGUUUCAAGAUGUAGAAACUCACAGAACAUUGUCCUGGAAUUAUGCACCAAAUCCAGAUAAGCAGUGGUUGCUACAACAUACUGGACGCAUGGAACCAAUUCAUGUGGUUUUCACUGAUGUGUUACAUCGUAGACGUCUUCAAACACUGCAAAGUGUUGAUCACAAUGUUCAGAGGGUAUUAUUCAAUGAACUCCGGGAUCUUGGUGAACUUUCGAGUACAUAUUUUAUUUACACUAGUGAUCAUGGUUAUCAUUUGGGCCAAUUUGGAUUGGUCAAGGGUAAAAAUAUGCCAUAUGAAUUUGACAUUCGCGUUCCAUUUUAUAUACGCGGUCCAGGAUUACCGAAGAACCUUUCCAUUAAAGUGCCAGUUAUGAAUAUUGACAUAGCUCCAACCAUUCUUGAUAUGGCUGGCAUUGAACAACCAAUUCACAUGGAUGGACGAUCACUUAUGCCUCUCAUACAAAGCUAUUCAUCGUCGAAGAGAAAAAUUGAAACAAAAGAUGUAAAUUUGUUGGCCUGGAGGCAUACAGUCCUAAUCGAGAGAGGGAAAAUGGCUAAAUUAACCCGAAUACGCGAACGUCUUCUGAAACAACGUGAUCGGUUCGAUAAGGAUAAACGUGUGCAAACUGCUUGCAAACGUCCAGAAUUUUCUGAACCAUGCUCUCCCUACCAAGAAUGGAAAUGCACCAAGAAUGAAUCCAACAAAUGGAAAAUAUUUAAAUGCCAUGAGGAAGUGGAAAUUUUCACGGAAUGCGUAUGUGAUAAUCGAAGUAGACGAAGGCAGAACAGGAGCACAAAAAGACUGAAACGCAAAAUAAGUUUUCGACAAAUUGUCACAAUCGCCGAACUCGAUCAACGCCACAAAACAGUUAAAAUAAGCGAAAAUCUCACAAGUCAAUGGGAAAAUGAAUUUUUGCACUACAUUCAGCAAGUAAUUCUAUUUAUGAAUUUUAAUAUUUUUACGCUAAAAAAAGAAAUCACGGAAAGCGGGCAAUGGUUUCAAGGAAUCUUUGACGUCGACAGUGAAGUUCGAGCAAAACGAUCGACGAGAAAAUCCCAAAGCAAAAAGAAGAUUGAACGAGAAUUAAAUAUAGGACGUAAGUCAAACACAACUAUUCUUUGUGAACCGAUCGUUUUUGAAGAUUCGAGGCUUUGGGCGAUUCAGAAAACCAAAGUGGAUGAUCGCAUCGAAGCUCUUCGGCGAAAAUUAUCUGCAUUUAAGAACGUAAGAAAAGUUUUAAAACGUGGUCGGCCAGAUGAGAACAAUAUAGAAUAUGUCAACACGAGUCGCAGUUGUAGAUGUUCGGAAUUUCAUGCUAAUCCAAUACGAAAAAUGACGAAUGAAGAAUCAGGCAACCAAACUCUUCGAAAGGAGAAUGCAGCAAAUACAAAGAAAUGGUUACGCGCUGAUACCAAAAAAAAUUGCAAUGUGCCACAAAUGAAUUGCUUCGUACACUAUGCAGAUCAUUGGCGAACUCCACCACUUUGGCCUGCAUUAUAUGGCGAAUUUUGUUUCUGCCAGAAUUCAAACAACAAUACUUAUUGGUGCUUACGAACGAUCAAUGAAACGCAUAAUUUUCUUUAUUGCGAAUUUAUCACUGAAUUUAUCAGUUAUUAUAAUUUAAAGGAAGAUCCUUAUCAAGUCUCUUUUCUCGGCGUUCUCGAACAACUAAGCAAGCAAUUAAGUUUCCUACGAAAAUGCAAAGGAUGGAAAGAAUGUGAGCAUUAUUCGUCGCCAUCAUGGAAUACAAAAUUCACUGAGUUUGGCAACUAA